AUGUCAGAGGGUGUAGUAAAAGAGAUAGAAGUCUGGCAGCAACAAGUAUGGGGAGACCAUCUACUCAUUUACACUGAUGGGUCAAAGGAGCGUGAGAGUGUGUUUGGAUGUACAAAUGAACACAAAAGUCUAUAUUUUGUUCCUUCCUCCGAGCCGCUGAAGAACCAGUGGGUUAAUUUUAUUGUCUCUGGAAAUGCGCCUGUCUGCGCCAAACAUUUCACUGACGACUGCUUCCUCAACUUGGGCCAAUACAGAGCUGGACUUGCUCAACGUCUGAGAAUCAAGUCUGGAUCAGUACCAACUCUCCAUGGCUCAGCUACAAACCUCGAAAAAGCCAGCUCAUCAAGUGCUUACAUUCAGCAGCUUCUCUCAAGGGAUGUUGCCUGCCAGACAGACCACCUGGAAACACGUACUGUAGGCACACAGCUAUCCUUAAAAACUUCGCAGCCCCAUUUUAAAAGUGAAGAAGACUGUGAUGCCUUUGGAGACCGUAGCACUCAGCGCAACGCCACCUCAGAGAGUCUGGGUGUGGACGCCCCUGGCUCCUCCCACUGGUCCAGCCACAGCGAGGAACUGAAGAUUCUGAGUGUCUACGGAAAAGGGGAGGGUCCUUUGGCGACGGACGGCCAUGACACCCUCUUCACCGCGUCAGAAGUGGAGUCCCUGAACUCGCUGUCUGCGGACCAAAGCGUGGCCAAGAGCCUGGAGCGCGGUGAGCGGCUGGUCUGCCGCGAGGAGCUGAGUGUGCAGGUUGGAAAUCAUCUUCUCAUUCACCCUCCAAAAGAGAGGCUUCCUCUGUUACAAUUCUAUAACAAACCCAUAGAAAGCCCACACCUUUAUGGUUCAGUAAAUGUUUUUAUACCGCCAAAUAUGCCCGUCUUAUGCACAAUUUUUCCCCUGUGUGAUCCGCACGUUUACACUGAGCGAGGUAAUCGAAUGUACCAGACAAACUUUCCUUACAAUGCUUCGUCAGCAAAGUGGUUAGCAAAAUAAAGAAUAUGUUGGGAUUUUUGCACUUGUAAAUAGUUCAUCGCGUUUUAGCCUACACUCAGAUGUGAACUCAUUCUUGCAUGCGAGGGUCUUGAAUCAAAAAAAUUAUGUAUAUAUUUUUUCUA